AUGUGCCUAUCUGUGCCUCCGUCUUCGCUCGCUUUGAUUUCGCUCACUGGCUUCCUAGCCAACCUUGAUCCAUAUCCAUCCCUUCUGAACGACUCGCCUGCUCCUGACAUUUCCCUGCCGGCACACCCAGUGCUUUCUCCUUUCGCGUUGGCCUUCGACUUCUCGGCCAGCGAGGUGACUUGGCUAGGGGUCCCGGGUAUUCUGAAUACCUUGCUACCACCCUUUACGACCGAGGUCAAUUGUCGACCCUGCGGUUAUCGCCGGCGCUUACACCUAAAUCCGGGAUAUUUCGCUUCACUCGCGGAGCUAUCACAGGUGAUACAAAAAUAG